CCGGUGCGAGGGCCAGGUCAGCGCCGGCCCGACGACGCGAAGCGAGGCGACCCCCGUGCGGCCAUGGCCUCGCUGCUAGGAACUUACCCGUGGCCCGAGGGUCUCGAGUGCCCGGCCCUGGAAGCCGAGCUGUCGGACGGGCUGUCGCCGCCGGCCGCCCCCCGCCCGCCGGGGGACAAGGGCUCGGAGAGCCGUAUCCGGCGGCCCAUGAACGCCUUCAUGGUGUGGGCCAAGGACGAGAGGAAACGUCUGGCGGUGCAGAACCCGGACCUGCACAACGCCGAGCUCAGCAAGAUGCUGGGAAAGUCGUGGAAGGCGCUGACGCUGUCCCAGAAGAGGCCCUACGUGGACGAAGCGGAGCGGCUGCGACUCCAGCACAUGCAGGACUACCCCAACUACAAGUACCGGCCGCGCAGGAAGAAGCAGGCCAAGCGCCUGUGCAAGCGCGUGGACCCAGGCUUCCUGCUCAGCUCGCUCUCCCGCGACCAGAACUCCCUGCCCGAGAAGCGGGGCGGCGGCCGGGGGGCGCCGGGGGAGAAGGAGGACCGGGGUGAGUACUCCCCGGGCUCCGCGCUGCCCGGCCUGCGGGGCUGCUUCCACGACGGCCCAGCCGGCGGCAGCAGCGGAGGCGGCGGCACCCCGGGCAGCGUGGACGCGUACCCCUACGGGCUGCCCACCCCGCCGGAGAUGUCACCCUUGGACGUGCUGGAGCCGGAGCAGACCUUCUUCUCCUCCCCAUGCCAGGAGGACCAUGCGCACUCCCGCCGCAUCGCCCACCUGCCCGGGCCCCCCUACUCCCCGGAGUACGCCCCCAACCCCCUCCACUGCGGCCACCCCCUGGGCUCCCUGACCCUCGGUCAGUCCUCGGGCGUCUCCAUGAUGUCCACCGUGCCUGGCUGUCCCGCGUCUCCAGCCUAUUACUCCCAGGCCGCCUACCCGCCUCUCCACUCCAACCUGCACGCCCACCUGGGCCAGCUCUCCCCGCCUCCCGAGCAUCCCGGCUUCGACGCCCUGGAUCAGCUGAGCCAGGUGGAACUCCUGGGGGACAUGGAUCGCAAUGAAUUCGACCAGUACUUGAACACUCCCGGCCACCCAGACUCUGCCGCCGGGGCCCUCAGCGGGCAGGGCGCGGCGGUCUCCGAGGUGACACCGACGGGCCCCACAGAGACCAGCCUCAUUUCCGUGCUGGCUGACGCCACGGCCACGUACUACAACAGCUACAGCGUGUCCUAGAGCCCGGGCGGCCCGUCCGGCCCGGCCUCGCCGCCGCCGGGCCCUCC